GCCAAGGCCACCCGGACGCAGCGCACAGGCCAACGUGGAGGUACCUGGCCACUAUGCUCAGUCUCAAGCUGCCUCAACUUCUUCGAGUCCACCAGGUUCCGCGGUAUAGAACCUGCUAUCCCUCCCCAAAGGCCCAAAUAUCCCUCCAUCCAGAGUCCCCCUUCUGCAGAACACCCUGUGUGUUUUCCCUCAUUCUAUCUGAUCCCAUUAUGGUUCUGUGGGUUUGGAAGACUGGUGUUCUGGGAAGACAGCAUCAUGUCUGGCUAUCGACGCCCCACAAGCUCAGCCUUAGACUGUGUCCUCAGCUCCUUCCAGAUGACCAAUGAGACGGUCAAUAUCUGGACUCACUUCCUGCCAACCUGGUACUUCCUAUGGCGCCUCCUGGCGUUGGGCAGCCCGGGGUUCCGCGCGGAGCCAUACCACCUGCCGUUGCUGGUCUUCCUACUGCCGGCCUGCCUCUACCCCUUCGCAUCCUGCUGUGCGCACACCUUUAGUUCCAUGUCGCCCCGUGCACGCCACAUCUGCUACUUCCUGGACUAUGGGGCGCUCAGUCUCUACAGCCUGGGCUGCGCCUUCCCCUAUGCUGCCUACUCCAUGCCGGCCUCCUGGCUGCACAGCCGCCUGCACCAGUUCUUCGUGCCAACCGCUGCGCUCAACUCCUUCGUGUGCACCAGCCUCUCCUGCUACUCGCGGUUCCCAGAGCUAGAAAGCCCCAGGUUCAGCAAGGGUCUCCGCGCAGCCGCCUUUGCCUACCCCUUCUUGUUUGACAACCUCCCACUGUUCUACAGGCUGCAGCUGUGUUGGGGCAGGGCCCCCAGCUGUGAGCAGGAGGCACUGAGCUCCAGCCACACCUACCACCUCCUCUGUGCUCUGCUCACAGGCUUCCUUUUUGCAGCCCACCUGCCAGAGCGCCUGGCACCUGGGCGCUUUGACUAUAUUGGCCAUAGCCACCAGCUGUUCCACAUCUGUGCCGUGCUGGGCACCCACUUCCAGUUGGAAGCAGUGCUGGCUGACAUGGGAUCCCGCAGAGCCUGGCUGGCCAUGCAAGAGCCCACCCUUGGCUUGGAGGCCACCAUGGCCACAUUGAGCCUGGCAGUGAUCGGGAACCUGCUCAUCCUCGCUGCUUUCACGGCCUUUCUGCUGCGGAUCCCUGGAACCCACCCUCUGCUGCAGGGUGGCCCGCUAGAAGAGGGGCUCCAGGCUAAACAACAGUGAGGCCCAUCCCUGGUACUGGCAUGGAGGGAGGCCGAGGCCAUUCUGAGCCUCAAAGGAG